UUGUAUUAGGCGCGAUGCGCGAAAACAAUGGCAAUAAAUUCGCGAGCAGUGCACCCGUUUUACGAAGGAACAUGGCGUCUGUAAUUAAAGACACGGGUGAGAUUUGGAGCCGACUGUUCGAUCACCGGCCAUUCGUCCAAGGUGAAAUCACGUUCUUCUUGCGCGAGUUCCAGGAAAAACGGGGCGACACGGAAGUGGAACGUCUUUUCAAAAUACUUGAAUACACGACGGAAUUGAAGGAAAAUCAACUCGACCGAACGGAACAACUUGGGGAUUGUCAUUUACCGAGCUUAAAAGCAAACGUCGAUGUCGCACUGAGUAUGUGCGAAAGAGUUUUUCAAAGGGAACAGAACUUUGAUACUGAUACAGCAUUACAGGAAAACAGAGAACUGAGGAAACUAGAAUGGGAAAAGUUUGUUAAUGAUAUGAGUGACAAGUGUGAGAAAGUAAAUCAAACUUUUGAGGAAAAAGAAAAAGAAAUAAAAGAAUUUUAUAUUGACCUGGAAAGAAAAUUACACAUUACACCAUAAAUUGAUAACUAUUUCAUUUAUAUGCUU